AUGGUGAUGCAAAUGGUUUUUCAAAGCUAUGGCGUUGAUCAGAAGCACUAUGACUCUCAAGUUGAAUCAACUUCCUACCUAAUGAGAUUCAUCAAAUACCGAGUCCCCAAGGAGAAUGAGAUUAAUACUGCUCUUUUACCUCACACUGACAAGCUAUUCCUGGCUAUAGUUGAUCAAGAUGAAGUUGAAGGAUUGGAGAUACAAACAAAGGAUGGAGAGUGGAUUGGUAUAGAGCACUCGCCUUCCACAUUCGUGGUCGUAGCAGGCGAGCCAUUCAUGGCAUGGAGCAAUGGCAGAAUAUAUGCUCCUCUCCAUCGAGUGGUCAUAAAUGGGAAAGUAGAGAGAUACUCUAUUGCGCUAUUCUCAUUCGUUAGUGAGAUGGUGCAACCUCCAGAAGAGCUGGUUGACGAUGAACAUCCAUUGCAGUUUAAACCAUUCGAUUUCUUUGAAUUUCUUCAGUAUUGCGGAGAAGAUGGGAAGAAUGUCAAAUGCCCUAUCAGAGCCUUUUGUGGUGUUUGA